CCCGGGCCCCGUUGCUCGAGGUUGCCGACCUUCUCCGCGGCGCCCUGGACGCGGUGGCGGCGAGGGCCGGGCUGGGAGCGAAGGACGUCUACCUGUGGGCCCGGUGCGUGCUGCCCGAGGAGGUCUGGCAGCCGAUGCGCAGCGGCGCGGCCGCGACGUCCAGCAGGGGUCCGACGGGGCUGCUGCCCACGGGCGCCGCCGCCGGUGGCGACGGCCGCGACCUCGCGUGCGCGGACCUGGCCACCGUCGCGGCCUCCCGCGCGCUGGUCGGCGCCUCCGCG